AUGCGGAUCGAGUUACGAACGAGGGUGGGGGGGGUGGGUGUUUGGUUCCCGCGAUUAGCUACAGUUUCAUCUCUUCCCCAACCUUUCCGGCCAGGUGUCAGCUGCUAUUCCCGGAACCUGGAUUACGCUCGGAUGCGCGGGAUCGCUGACGAGAACGGAGCUUAUCUGAUGGCGGACAUGGCACACAUCAGCGGGCUGGUGGCAGCCGGGCUGGUGCCCUCGCCCUUCGAGCACUGCCACGUGGUGUCCACCACCACACACAAGACCCUCCGUGGCUGCCGGGCUGGCAUGAUCUUCUACCGCAGAGGAGUCCAGAGCGUCGACCAGAAAACGGGCAAGGAGACGAUGUACAACCUGGAGGGUCCGAUCAACCAGUCCGUGUUCCCCGGGCUGCAGGGUGGGCCGCACAACCACGCCAUCGCAGGAGUGGCCGUAGCUCUGAAGCAGGCGAUGACCCCGGAGUUCUGCGUCUAUCAGGAGCAGGUGGUGGCCAACUGCAGGGCUCUGGCCGCGGCUCUGAUGGACCUGGGGUAUCAUGUUGUCAGCGGGGGCUCGGACAAUCACAUGAUCCUGGUUGACCUUCGCAACCGGGGCACGGAUGGGGGCCGGGCUGACAAGGUGCUGGAGCUGUGCGCCAUCGCCUGCAACAAGAACACCUGCCCAGGUGACAAGAGUGCCCUGCGUCCCAGUGGCCUGCGCUUCGGGACCCCCGCCCUGACCUCCAGGGGCUUCCUGGAGGAGGAUUUCCGAAAGGUGGCGGCUUUUAUUCACCAAGGUAUCGAGUUGACGCUGGAUAUUCAGAGGGAGGUGGGCAUCAAAGCCCCUCUGCGGGAGUUCAAGGAGAGGCUGCUGAGCGAUGAGGCGUUCCAGAGCCGAAUCAGGAAAAUUCGUCGGGAAGUGGAGAGCUUUGCCGCGACGUUCCCGAUCCCAGGGCUGCCCGACCUGUAACAGCCCUUCAUCCCGGGCCACUUCACUGAGCUUCCUCACCGGGAGCCCAGCCCCAACUCUCCCCAACCCACCCCAGUCCAACCCCUAGCUCA